AUGAAGGCGACCCUUGAUGGUGUAGCCCCCUACGUUUACAAGCAGUCGACCGAUACUUACGGCUCCCUCGUCCGCGUGGGACCAAAUGACCUAAUCACAGACGAUCCCGAAAUCAUUCGAAGGAUGAUGGCCGUCCGAUCCCCAUAUAUACGGGGCCCAUGGCACGGGGUGCAGAAACUGGAUCCCGCACGAGAUAAUCUGUUUUCCAUGAGAGAUGAGGAAAAGCACCGCGAUCUGCGUUCGAAAAUGGCUGCUGGUUACUCUGGAAAAGAGAAUCUGUCGAUGGAAAGCACAAUCGACUUGCAGAUCGCCAAGCUUAUGGAGCUUAUCGAAACGAAAUACAUAUCUCGCGACGGUACUUAUCGGCCGAUGGACAUGGGUCAGAAGGGCCAGUUCUUCACGCUCGACGUCAUCAGCGACCUCGCUUUUGGCGAAGCAUUUGGUUUUCUGGAAAAAGACGACGAUGUGUACGACUAUAUCAAGAUCACCAAGGGGUUCAUUCCCUUCAUGAUUGUCCUGUGUCAUCAGUAUUGGCUGGCAGAUUUGCUGCACUCGGGCCCCUUUCGAGGCUUGUUUCCCCAGGCUAGUGACAAGUUCGGCUUCGGCGCUUUCAUCGGUGUAACAAACAAGGCAGUGGCAGCUCGGUUUCAGCCGGGCGCUGAGAAUCAAUUCGACAUGUUGGGCUCAUUCAUCCGCCAUGGAUUGACCCAGGAAGAGGCCUCGGGCGAGGCCCUCUUGCAGGUAAUGGCGGGGAGCGACACUUCCGCCACGACCAUUCGAAUGGUGCUUCUCUACCUCCUCACGACACCGAGAGCCUACCGCAGACUUCAGAAAGAGAUUGACGACGGCAUCGCGUCCGGCAAGAUAUCGACACCGAUCAAGAACUCGGAAGGAAAAGAGCUGCCCUAUCUCCAAGCUGUCGUCAAGGAGACCCUACGUCUGAACCCCCGGCGUCUGGGCCAUUUUUCAAGCAGAUCCAAGAAAACCUUUGGGGAAGACGCGGAAAUCUUCCGUCCCGAGCGCUGGAUCGAGGAACCGGACAAGGAGAGGCUGGCCGUGAUGAGCAGCACGGUCGACCUCGUCUUCCACUAUGGCAAAUAUCAGUGCAUCGGAAGGCCCGUCGCUUUGAUGGAAUUCAACAAGAUCUUCGUCGAGCUUCUACGACGAUUCGACUUUUCCAUCGCGAAUCCGCACAAGCCUGCGGACAUCACCAACUUUGGAAUCUGGGCAAUUGAAAAUUUCUGGGUCCGAGUUGAGAAGCGCGAAUUCUAA